AUGCCUUCCGGACAAAAUUACACGAUCAAAAGCUCUGGCACCAAUAGCCAGGGUAACCACUACUGCGCUCGUGAUUAUGGUUCCAGCGCCUCCAAUUCGAAUAGCUAUCACUAUUCCAACACUGACGGGUCUUAUUACUACUCGAACUCCAAUGGGAGUACUUACCACAACAAUGGACAUGGCGGCUCGACUUACACUCCGCCGUCGGGUUCGGGUUCGGGUUCGGGUUCGGGUUCGGGUUCGGGCUCGGGCUCGGACAAGAAAUAG